AUGUCUCGAACUACGAUCAAGCGCGUGGCCGUGAUUGGUGUCGGUCCUGCUGGGGCCAUCACAAUAGAUGCUCUGGCUCGCGAAAAAACGUUUGACAUUAUAAGGGUAUUCGAACGUCGCGAAGGUCCGGGAGGAUGCUGGAUAGGCGACACUUCCCCGCCACCCGCAGAGACGAACCUCGAUGCCCUCGCGAGACGCACUGCCGACAUACCACUACCCGUACCGGCGCAGCUACCGGCAUUGACUUCCAAGUCUAACCAGCCGCGGUUCACCGAGUCGUCAGUGUACCCAUGCCUCGAGACCAAUAUUGAUUCGCUUCCAAUGGAAUUCAGCCAGGAGCCCAUACCGCUGGAGCAAAGUGAACGGUCAAUCGCGCUUCAUGGAAAGGACACACCGUUCAGACACUGGCGCGUGAUGCGUGACUACAUUACAAGUCUGGUGGAAAGGAACGGUUAUCAGGACUAUGUCUCGUACAGCACAACGGUCGAACGGGCGGAGAAGAUCAACGGAGAAUGGAGGCUUGUUCUUCGCAAAGACGGCAUAAUUCGAGACUAUUGGUGGACCGAACAUUUUGAUGCUGUAGUUGUCGCUACAGGACAUUACUCUGUUCCUUAUAUCCCCGCCAUUCCGGGGUUGGAACAGCUUCAAAAAUUGCGCCCAGGGAGUGUUGUACACAGUAAGCACUUUCGAGGCAAUCAUUCGUACAAAGGAAAACGGGUUGUGGUAGUGGGAGCAUCAGUUUCGGCGGGUGACCUGGCCUUUGAUCUUGCCCAAGUCGCCGAGGGUCCUGUUCACGCCGUCACCAUUGGACACGCUCUCAACGGAUAUUUUGGAGACGAAGCUUUCAAUCAUCCUCUAAUUGAGAAUCACCCGUCAAUUGACCGUGUUGAGGGUCGGAAUGUCCAUUUCAUCGAUGGCAAUUCAGUCUCCGACGUCGACCACAUCAUCUUUGGAACUGGCUACAGCUGGACACUGCCUUUCCUGCCAGGAGUGCCAAUCCGCAACAAUCGAGUGCCGGAUCUCUACCAACACGUGGUCUGGCAAGGGGACCCUACGCUACUAUUCGUUGGCGCUGUGAAUGCUGGCUUGACGUUCAAAGUCUUUGAGUGGCAAGCCGUGUUUGCGGCUCGUCUUUUGGCUGGCCGAGCCACACUUCCGCCUCUGGAGGAAAUGCGCCGGUGGGAGGCGGAUAGAAUCAAGGCCCGAGGAGAUGGGCCCAAGUUUGCGCUUGUGUUUCCCGACUUUGAGGACUAUUUCGAGAAUCUAAGAGAACUCGCAGGUGCUGGCGAAGGUGUAGGAAGGGUGUUGCCGCCGUUUAGACGGGAGUGGUUCCGCGCGUUUUUAGAGGGUCACGAACGUCGGAAGAGGCUCUGGCGACGAUUGAAUGCAGAAUAUCGGGGAAAAGAACAGAAGAAACCGAUAGGGGCCGAAGAGCGAAGAUCUCGCCUCUGA